AUGCUUUACAGCAGUGGCCAACCCAAUGAGUUCAAAAUGGGCGAGUUCUUCCACAACACGGAGGAGGAAUUAUCACCAAGUGAUAUGGCAUUCUCAGUGUAUAAUAUGACAGACGUCGAUGGACCCCACUCGGCACUUUCCAUCAACCACGAAGCCUCAAGAUUACCACAUGCCACCCAGGGCAUUCCCAUGACUCGAUUUGAUGGAUUCCCCUUGAUGAACCCAGAUCCUUUCUCUACUCAUCAGAGUAGUCGGAGAAACUCCCAGUACCAGGAGAGUGGCGACGAUCAAGUCUCACCCAAGCAAUCUUCCGAAGUUGAAAGCCUACAUUCCAUAUCGGAUGAUCUUUCUAACUUCCAGCAAAAAGAUAUUUGGGGAUCCGCAUCUUAUAUGCCACGCUACGAUCGUCCGUCCCUACCCGAAACAAAAUUCUUUCCCGCUACAGGAGUACACCCUCCCGUGCCAUUAUUCCACCAUACCUUGGCCUACGAUACAUUAGCUGGAUCAUCUGAUGGUACUUGCCUCGGCGGAUCCCUUGCAAAUCUCAUCACCGAUGGAGGUGAUAUUGCAUCCGAAGAGACUGAGUCAUUUCGUUUCCGCACUAUCCUCCAAGCCCCGACCGCGAUGAUCAAUGAAGGCGGAGAUCCACCUCUAAGCUACCUAAAUAAAGGCCAAGUCUACUAUCUCACCGUGCUGGACUCGACACCACCUCAGGCAAUUGACAAGGCAGCAACAUACCGAACCUUUGUUCGGGUCUCAUUCGACCAAGGACAGGCAAGGUCCAACUCAGCCGCCUUCUGGCAACUAUGGAAAGAAGGCCGAGGUGUACCUCAAGACCACCAGCAAGAAGAAACACCCUUUGCAGUCGAAUAUGUAGGCGGCGACAGCUUUCAAUUCCAGGUCGAGCAGAAAAACUUUGAUGGUUUCUGCGUCACUUGGAAAAUGAAUUCCGUCACCGGCUUCAAUUCCUGCCACAUACCACUCUGCUUCAAUUUUCUAUCUACCGACUUUACACGAUCGAAGGGAGUAAGAGGAAGCCCUGUUCGACUCUGCUCCAAGACAGAAGAACUGGCUACAUUCGGUGACCCUGUCAUUUCUCCUGAGCCGGAAGUUUGUUUCUGCAAAGUCCAAGUUUUCAGAGACCACGGUGCCGAAAGAAAGCUUUCCAAUGACCACAGCAAUUUGAUGAGAGGCAUCGAGAAGCUGAAACAUCGGAUUUCGAACGCGGAAUUAGGAUGGUCCUCAAGAAAGCGCAAACGUGGCAGGCCGGUUGCGAAAAACCUGAAAAAAUUGCGACAAGAUGAUGUAUCAGAGCAACUGAACCAGGCCGGUCUAAGAUCUAAAUUGUUCGGACUUGAGAAAAUGGCGCUCUCUUCUCACUCCAGGACGGUCUUAGCACUCCGCGGCGAUAAGGAGGAUGAUCCAGAUCUACACCCAAUCCAUCUACCGGAAGAUGGCAUUGGAAGCAAGACGGUACUUUUCAAGAAUGGCAUGGAUACAUCCACGAGAAUGGACGAAUGGGAGAUUGUGACGCCACCUAACUCCAACCAUUCCGAUACGGAGACUACGGCUAUCCCACAGAUGGUAGCUGAUGACGACUUAUCCCCCGAUUUCAUCAAAGUGAAUCGCAUUGAUUUUUACGACCAAGGACUCACGAGUCGACAUCGCAAUUCAGUGGCGUGUUUUUAUAUCAGACUCCUGGAAGACGAUCUCCAAGAAUAUUACCGCGCGAUUUAUCUAUCAGAACGCACAAUCGAAGAGCUCGCAAAGAAAAUCUCCGAAAAAUACGAUAUUGAAUCCCUCGACUUGUGCAACGUAUUCCACAUCAAUGAAAAGAACUUGAAGAUCAUGGUCGAUGACGAUUUUGUGAACCAAAUGCCAGAAGGACAGCACAUGGAAAUUGAGCUCCGUCGUGGAAAGACAAGUUCUGGCAACGGUGAAGAUAUCUGUGAAACGUGGUUACUCUAUUAA